UCAUAAACGGUCCUGAUUACCCAAUUCGUAAGUCACUUUUUAAGUUUUUUAAUAAAAAAGAGGAAAGUAGAUCAGUCAAUUAGGUCCCUCAAAAAAUACGUAACAAAGACUCACGAUGCAGAUGCACCUGCAGCGCACCGAAUAACGCUAUUUUGCUACGCCGGAGUCUCAUCGUUAGACUCACAUCUCACACAGGAGCAAAUCUAACCUGGUUUCAUUUUCCCUGAAGAAAAAAAAAAAAAAACCCUUGCCUCUCUCUCCGCUUGACAUCUUCACUUUUAAAUGUGAAACGGCAAUUGUUGAGAUCGUUGUUUGUGCGACUUCUCAGGCAUUUGCUUGGAGGAUGGACUCAGUUUCGAUUCGGGUUCCGUACAGGAACCUGAAAAAGGAAGUAGAGGUGGAAAUGGUGGGUGUGGAGGAGCAGCAUCUCCAUCCGAUCCAAUUGGAUAAUUCUUCUUCUUCUUCUUCUCCGAAUUCUCCUUCGCAGAUCCCCAAUGGUGACUCUAGUUUCUCGGCCAGAUCUAAAACGACCAAAUAUUUUAGCUUGAUCACUCUCAUUCUCAGUUGUACGGUCGCCGCCGGCGUUCAAUUCGGUUGGGCCUUGCAGCUCUCUCUUCUAACUCCUUAUAUACAGACACUUGGCAUCAAACAUGCCUUUUCCUCAUUUAUUUGGCUUUGUGGACCAAUAACAGGCCUUGUGAUUCAACCUUGUGUUGGUAUUUGGAGUGAUAAGUGCUCUUCAAAAUUUGGAAGAAGACGGCCAUUUAUUCUUGCUGGAUCUCUAAUGAUCUCAGUUGCUGUGAUAAUAAUCGGAUUUUCUGCAGACAUUGGAUAUAUGUUAGGGGAUACAGAGGAGCAUUGUAGUACAUUCAAAGGCACUCGAACAAGGGCAGCUGUUGUUUUUGUCAUUGGGUUCUGGUUGCUAGAUCUUGCUAACAAUACAGUGCAGGGACCAGCACGUGCCCUUCUGGCUGAUUUAUCAGGUCCUGAUCAACGUAAUUCUGCAAAUGCUGUAUUUUGCUCAUGGAUGGCUGUUGGAAAUAUUUUAGGAUUUUCUGCUGGUGCUAGCGGGAGUUGGAACAGGUGGUUUCCUUCCUUGAUGAGCAGAGCCUGUUGUGAAGCUUGUGGAAAUCUGAAAGCUGCAUUUCUUGUUGCAGUGGUAUUCCUCACUCUGUGCACUCUUGUAACUCUAUAUUUUGCAAAGGAGGUUCCAAUUAUCGCAAGUCAGUCCCACCGUUUAUCAGAUUCAGCACCAUUAUUGGAUGAUCCUCAACAAAAUGGCCUUGAACUUUCAAAAUCUAAGUCUGACUUGUCAAUUCUCAGUAAUUCUAACAAGAACAACAUUAACAAGGGCAUUGAACAGAAUGCGAGUCCAAAGCAUGGCAUUGCCAACUCCAUUGAGGAUCAAAAUGAAAGUUUAGAUGAUGAACCUGGAGCAGUAUUGGUUAAUUUGUUGACUAGUUUAAGGCAUUUACCCCCUGGAAUGCAUUCUGUGCUUGCUGUUAUGGCUCUUACCUGGUUGUCCUGGUUCCCUUUCUUUCUAUUUGAUACGGAUUGGAUGGGUAGAGAAGUUUAUCAUGGAGAUCCAAAAGGAAAUUCUGAUGAAGUGAAGUUGUAUGAUCAAGGCGUCAGAGAAGGUGCAUUUGGUUUGCUAUUGAAUUCAGUUGUUCUUGGCAUUAGUUCCUUCUUGAUUGAACCAAUGUGUCAGAGGAUGGGGCCAAGACUUGUAUGGGCAAUGAGCAAUUUUAUUGUAUUUGCCUCCAUGGCAGUCACUGCUAUCAUUAGUUUGAUAUCCGUUGGUGAAUAUUCUGAAGGAAUUGAACAUGUAAUUGGAGGCAGUGCAUUUAUCAAGAUAGCUGCCUUGAUUGUAUUUGCUCUUCUUGGCUUUCCUCUUGCUAUUACGUAUAGCGUUCCAUUUUCUGUCACAGCAGAGUUGACUGCCGAUUCAGGUGGUGGCCAAGGAUUGGCGAUAGGAGUUCUAAAUCUUGCAAUAGUUAUUCCACAGAUGAUUAUAUCCCUUGGUGCGGGUCCAUGGGAUGCUCUGUUUGGUGGAGGAAAUAUACCUGCCUUUGCCCUGGCUUCUAUAUGUGCUCUUGCAGCUGGUGUCAUUGCAACUCUUAAGCUGCCAAAUCUUUCGAGCUCUUCUUUCAAGUCGUCUGGUUUUCAUUUUGGCUAACGACUGAAACACUUCAAUUGAGUUUACAUUGAACCUGCAUACGACCCUUGAGCACCACAUACACUCAUUCAUCUACGUUCGGAGAGAUGGUUCUUCCAUCAUGCAUAUGUAUGAUUUCAAUUUUAAAAGGACUGAAAUAUAUAUUCCAAUUCAUUCAUUUUUUCCCCCACAUUAUGGGUCUCUGUAUUUUACUUGGAGUAAAUUGUCAUUUGAGUUGAAAAGCCUAUACAUGUGUAAAAAGAUGAGUGCUUUAUCAGGCCAUCUUAGUUUAGAAGUCCAAUCAUCGUAUUUUUGUGUUCUGCAGCUUUAUGUUUGCAAAUUCAAUGCUAGAGAUGUAACAGCAUUAAUUCAUUUAGUUUAUAAAAAAGUAACAUGGAGAUGUUGAUUUAA